AUGAAUAUCCUCGUUUACUCUGGAGACGGCACCUCCCGGACCUCGCUCAUUCACACCGUCAACAGUCUUCGCUCCCUGGUCGGACAACACUACGAUGUUAUGAAAAUCGACGAGAAGGGCCUGCUCACGGAGCCAUGGGAGGAGUCCACCUCUCUCCUUGUGAUACCUGGGGGCAAGGAUCUGCCCUAUGUGCGGGACCUCAAUGGACCUGUGAAUGACAAGAUCAGGAGCUAUGUUCAUUCUGGAGGAAGGUUCUUUGGUAUCUGCGCCGGUGCGUAUUAUGGAGCGGACCGGAUCACCUUUGAACGGGGUUCGCCAUUGGAGGUAUUAGGAUCCAGAGAACUGAAGUUCUAUCCGGGAGAGUGCCGAGGCGGUGUGUACCCAGGAUUCGUAUACGAGUCUGAGAGUGGGGCGAAUGCUGUUGGACUCCAACUUAAUAGGGACUUGCUUGCUCUGGAUCAACCUGGACUAGAUGAACUAAAGGUCUACUUCAACGGAGGCGGAUAUUUUGUCGAUGCGGACAAGUAUCCAGGAACACAAACCCUCGCCUGGUACAAAAACGAGCCGGGUCAGAUCGAUGCCGACAUCCCAGGAAAUAAGGCAGCGAUGGUGGCAUGUCAGUUCGGAAAGGGUUUGGCGGUUCUUACAGGAGUGCAUCCCGAAUACGAUGCUACACAUCUGGAUCCCAGGAACCCAGAGUACGGGCCCCAGCCCAAUGUUGUUACUCGACUACUAGAAAAGGAGGGCGAGCGGCGAAUAUUCUUGAGGAGCGUCUUGGCAAAGAUGGGACUCAACAUUACGCAACCAGAGCCUACUAAUGCGGUCGCUGUGCUGCCGCCAGGAGCAAUCCAGGGUGUGCCCGCGAUCACACCGCUCUACCUCGCCUCGAUCCACCCAUCGUAUACUGCUCAACUGACGAGGUCCCUCACUGGACUCGCUAGUGCAGACAGUCAAAUCCAGGAAGCCAACGACACCUUUCAGUUAGUCCCGUCGCCUCAACAUCCCGUUCCUGCGCACUCACCAGUCGUGACUGAGACUGAGGAAGGAGAAGGUGAAGAGAAGGUCACCAAGAACAUCAUCUUGUGCCCAAGUGAGCCACCGUCUUCAGCCCUGACACCAGAGUUCGACAUGAGGCUCUUUUUUGGACACCUUCAACAAAUACGUCAACAGGCGCAGGACCCCCAGAACCCUUUCAGAGGUGGCUACAAAUUUGGCAACAGUCUCUUGUACGGUCAAGUCGUUACCUCGACACAAACGAUGCUUGACAAGAACUUUGGGCUUUGCCAACAGCUUCCGGAUGGAUUUGUGUGUAAUGCGACGAUCCAGGUCUCUGGACGAGGGCGCGGCCGAAACUCUUGGAUCUCACCGCCGGGUUGCUUACAGUUCUCGAUGGUAUUGCGACAUCCUGUGCAGGCAGCACAUGCAUCGGCGGUCUUUGUGCAGUACUUGGUCGCGCUUGCUGUCGUUGAGGGUGUGUGCUCGUUGCCGGGGUAUGAGGACGUCCCAUUGAGAUUGAAGUGGCCGAAUGAUAUCUAUGCGGAGGCACCGCUGGAACACCCUUCACAAGCCCAGGCGGGGGUGAAGCCCAAGAUGAUCAAGAUCGGAGGAGUGCUCGUGAACUCGAAUUUCAGCGGGUCUGAGUUCUUGCUGGUGAUUGGAUGCGGCGUGAACACCACGAACCCGAAUCCGACGACAUCUAUCAACCACCUCAUCCGAUACCAUAACAGGAUCACUGGCAAAGAUCUUGCCCUCUUCACCCAGGAGUCCCUCCUAGCCCAGAUCCUCUUAAAAUUCGAACAGCUUCAUGAGCAAUUCCUCGGCGGUAAUGGGCGCGGGUUCGCGCAAUUUGAAGAGAUGUACUACAAAAGGUGGCUGCAUUCGGAUGCCCUGGUAACAUUGACGACGAUGACCCCUCAUCGACGUGUUCGCAUCAAAGGUGUUACAUUGGACUAUGGUCUACUAAAGACCGUGGCUGUAGAUGAUCAGGGACGGGAUAUUAUAGGGGAAGAGUAUCGACUGCAGCCGGAUGGUAAUAGCUUCGACAUGCUCAAGGGGCUCAUCUCUCUCAAAGCAUGA